AUGUGUGAAAAGCAACUACAAAAAAAAAGACACGUUGAAGAUAUUACUUUAACCGCUGAAGCUACUACUUCUAAAACUAAUCUUAUAUAUAAUAAAGAACUGGAAUUACCUAUUGAAAUAG